AUGCGUGGAGUGCAACUCAGCCGACAUGGCUUCAGUGGUGCUCAAGUGCGCCAUGGAUUCGAUGCAACUCAAGCUCCAACUCCGCAAGCUGUGAAAACUGGAUAUUUUGAUAUGUCAAAUGUCUUCCACGAUGUUAUCAAGGGAAAGGAUGAGAAUGGCAAUGAUGUCUAUCUUAUUCCAUGUCCUGCUGUUAUGACAAAUGUCAAACUUCAAGCCGACUGGCACUAUGCUAGUGAAGAUGAAGAUUUGCCUGAUCUUGCUACUGAACAGAUUGAGGUCUGCAGUUUAUUCAAAGCCACAGAAAGGAAAGAGAUCCAUUUGGGUUGUACGAUCAUGUCAUCAUGGAAAGUGGUUGUACAAACGCCACCAUUUGUAAUGGUGAGCUUAUGCAUGGACUCCGUCAUGCUGAUAAAGAACUUGACAUGCACACUAACGUGGGUAGCAGAGUUCUCGACCAAGAAGGUUUUCUAG